AUGGGCUUGGUACAGGCGCUCCGUCGGUCUAUCAAGGGCGACAAGGAGAAGCAACACAGCAUCUCCAUUACCCCCAAAGCUGCUGUCGCAAUCGUUCCGCCCAAGAAGGUUAUUCGAGCUCUCUACGACUACGAGGCCCGCUCUGCCCAGGAGCUGGGCUUCUCCAAAGGCGAUUUUUUCCACGUCAUCGGCCGCGAGGACGAUCCGGACUGGUACGAGGCUUGCAAUCCUGCGCUGCCUGAUGCGCGGGGUCUCGUGCCCGUAGCCUUUUUCCAGGCGUUGGGCAAGACUGAGAGGGACAGCCAGCAGUCUGACGGUGGCCGCCCACCGACUGCAAACAAGAACCCAGACCAUGAUUCUGGCUAUGGCGAAGUCCACUCCCCCGGCGGCGCAUCUGCGCCUCCCGCAUCUCAGCGCAUGUCCAAGUCUGCUGGCAAGCAAGGUGCCAUGGUUUAUGGCGUGGUAAUGUACGACUUCAACGCAGAGAGAUCCGACGAGCUCGAGGCCAAGGCAGGAGAGGCCAUCAUCGUCAUUGCCCAGUCCAACCCAGAGUGGUUUGUUGCCAAACCUAUCGGUCGACUUGGCGGCCCUGGCUUGAUUCCAGUGUCCUUUAUUGAGCUCCGUGAUAUGGGCACGGGCAAGGCCAUUGAGAAUCCCGCAGAGGCCAUCAGGAAGGCGGGUGUUCCUAAGGUCGAAGAGUGGAAAAAGAUGGCCACGGCCUACAAGAACAGCAGCAUCACCCUGGGCAAGUUUGAGGGCGGAGGGCCAUCCCAGCCACUGGAGCAGGGCAUGGAGCGUAUGAGCAUUCAAAAUGCACCUCAGCCCCCACAAGGCGCCCUUAGUGGCCCUCCUCAGCCUGCUGCCCACCCCCAGCAGCCUGAGUUUGUAUCGAGCGCGACGACGGAACUCUAUGCCCCCAUCUCUGCCCGGAUACCCCGCUACUGUUUUGCGGAGGACAAGUAUUGGUUUGUUAUCGAGACGCAACUCGAAGAUGGGCGGCACUGGGAGCUUUCCCGGUACUAUGAGGACUUUUACGAUUUCCAGAUUGCGCUUCUCACUGAGUUCCCUGCCGAGGCGGGCAACACCGGAACCCAGAAGCGAACACUCCCUUACAUGCCCGGCCCCGUGAGCUAUGUGACCGAUGCCAUCACAGAAGGAAGGCUGCAUAACCUGGAUGCAUAUGUGAAGAACCUUCUUGGCCAACCCCCCUACAUUGCGCGUUGCACGCUUGUCAAGCAGUUCUUUGCUCCCAGGGAAGGCGAUUAUGAGAUGGACCCUGCCAAUAUCGAGGAGGAAUACCGGCUAUCCCAGGGCUCUCAAGGCUCAUCUUCCGGGUCACAUGCUAACCCCGAUUCGCGACAGUCAUCGCGAAACAAUUUGAGCGGCAAUGGAUACACUGGUCUCUCAGCCACCCCGAGACAAGUCAGCAACCCACAGUCAAUCAUGCAAAUGCCAUCGCAGCCCGGCCAGCCAGCUGGAGCCGCCAUGAAGAUCAAGAUGUACUACAAUGGCGAUCUCAUUGCCAUCCGGGUCCCCACAGACAUCCAGUACCAGCAACUCUGUGACAAGGUCCGAGAUCGACUCAAGGUAUCGCCAAACGAGCAAGUCCAGCUGUUUUACAAAGAUGAGCAGACGGGAAAUAAGCCCAGCCUGACAAGUGACGCCGAUUUGGACGAUGCCCUUAACCGCAACGAGAAGCUCAUGCUGUACGUUGAAGUGGUGUAG